AUGGCCACCACUAACGAUCUCCCCGGCAUCGAUGUCAACAGCUACGACUACAUUGUCGUGGGUGGUGGCACCGCCGGCUGUGUCAUUGCCGCUCGUCUUGCCCAGUAUUUGCCCAACAAGCGCACCCUCGUGAUCGAGGGCGGUCCUAGUGACUUUAUGGAUGACCGCGUCCUGAACUUGAAGGAGUGGCUCAACCUCCUCGGUGGCGAGCUGGACUACGACUAUCCCACCGUUGAGCAGCCCAUGGGCAAUAGCCACAUCCGACACUCCCGGGCCAAGGUCCUCGGUGGUUGCUCUAGCCACAACACUCUGAUCUCCUUCCGUCCCUUUGAGUACGAUUGCCGCAACUGGGUGAACAAGGGCUGCAAGGGCUGGGACUUUGAGACCUUCACCCGUAUCAUUGAUAACCUGCGCAACACCAUCCAGCCCGUGCACGCCCGCCACCGGAACCAGCUCUGCAAGGACUGGAUCUCCGCCUGCUCCAGUGCCAUGGAUAUCCCCGUCAUUGAGAACUUCAACGAUGACAUCCGUAAUAAGGGUGAGCUGACCGAGGGUGUCGGCUUCUUUAACGUCUCCUACAACCCUGAUGACGGCCGCCGGAGCAGUGCCAGUGUGGCUUAUAUCCACCCCAUUCUGCGCGGCGAUGAGAAGCGCCCCAACCUGACCAUCCUCACCAACGCCUGGGUCUCCAAGGUCAACGUCGAGGGCGACACCGUCACCGGUGUCAAUGUCACCCUUCAGUCCGGCGUUACUCACACCCUGCGCGCCAAGAAGGAGACCAUCCUUUGCGCCGGUGCCGUCGACACUCCCCGUCUCCUGAUGCUCUCCGGUCUCGGUCCCCGCGAGCAGCUAUCAUCCCUAAACAUCCCCGUCAUCAAGGAUCUCCCCGGAGUCGCGCCACAACGAUGGACUCGGACGCUGGUAUCUUCCUCCGCCGCGAAGCCCCCCGACGCCGCCGGUUUCGACGGCCGCGCCGCGGACAUAAUGAUGCACUGCUACCAAAUCCCCUUCACCCUCAACACAACCCGCCUAGGCUACGAAGAACCCAUCGACGCCUUCUGCAUGACCCCCAACAUCCCCCGCCCCCGCUCCCGCGGCCGUCUCUACCUAACCUCCUCCGACCCGAGCGUGAAACCCUCGCUUGAUUUCCGCUACUUCACCGAUCCCGAAGGCUACGACGCCGCCACCAUCGUCGAGGGACUCAAGGUCGCGCGUAAGGUCGCCCAGCAAGCCCCCUUCAAGGACUGGAUCAAGCGCGAAGUCGCUCCCGGCCCGAAGGUGACUUCCGACGAGGCUCUGUCUGAGUAUGGUCGUCGUGUUGCGCACACUGUGUACCACCCGGCGGGUACGACUAAGAUGGGAGAUGUGGCUCGGGACCCCCUGGCUGUUGUUGAUCCUAAGCUUAAGAUUCGCGGUCUUAAGGGUGUGCGUAUCGCUGAUGCGGGUGUCUUCCCUGAUAUGCCUUCGAUCAAUCCCAUGCUUACUGUUCUGACUAUCGGUGAGCGUGCUGCUGAGCUUAUCGCCGAGGAGGCUGGCUGGGCCCGCUCCCAGCCCCGUCUGUAG